GUAAUGCCAAUAUGUCAGAGGCUCAGAGCGCCCACCAGCGUGUCAACCCAAUUUCCUGAAUCCCAAGCGCCCAGCUGAUUCAGUGCUGUGACGGAGACACUAUUCACCGCGACUUAAUCCCGCAGCGACGUUAUCUAGUACAUCGUCUGGACUCAUAUCCUGCAAGCGCAAUGGAAGAAGACUACAAGACAGACAGAGGUCCACCACCACCGUAUCCGACUCCAAUGACCCCGACCCCCCGUCCGCCUCCCUCGGGCAUCCGAAUCCCGCUGCAGCUCAACUCUCGCAUCCCUGAUCUCAGAUCCACCAGAGCACCCCCAUGCUACGAUGGAGACGGCGUUUCUCCAGUCUUCAUCGGAUCUGCAAUCUUCCAAAGCUCUGUCCAUCCCUGCAAGAUCGCGCCUCAUCUUCCGUUUCCCUGCCGCGUGCCAUACGCUGGCACUGAGGUAGAGCAUCAGGGGCGGUAUGAUCUUCUGCCAUUUGACCCUGAUGCUAUGGAAUGGGUCUGUACGAGUCUAGGUCGUAUACCUCAAGGGCGGUAUCCUGUUGCUGGGGGUUAUGAAGAGGAUGGGACGAAUUUGUAUCAUGCACGGGCUCGCGUGGGGCAGACCUGGGUUCCUGGUAAGACAGGAGAACAUCUUGGGGGAUGCAAUGUCGCAUAUGGUGGUCAAGAGCACGUCGUCUCAACAAGCUAUGAGAUCUUGUGCUGGAGGAGUGCCACACAUCUCGGGAAAGACAAAUAGAUUGGUUAUAUCGAUACGGAGUAUGCAGUCGUUCCAAGUUUACCUUGAUAGAUAGAUUGAUCGGAACAUGUCUACCAAAACCAAGUGGACAACAGGGUAAGUAUGA